AUGAGAGUGCUACCUACACGACAACCACCUAUUACUCCAUACACACUCUGUAGUUACUGCAGUCUACCUGCUAGUAGACUUUCGACCCGCCCAUGGGGGACUUGCGGCGCAGCUUCUCCCCCCGUUUUGCUCGCUCGUUCGUUCGUUUGGCAUCGUAACCUCCCUUCCGCAAGCGCUGAGGGCCUGCUUAAGCGUCGUGACUGGUCUACUAUUAUAAUGGACCUGUUCUCGUCGAGUACCAGCCGUAGCCUGGAACCCGGCCAUAGGGGACUGCUCCUCGCUCUCCGCCUCCACCGCAAGCCCAGCCAGCCAGCCAACCCUCCACCAUCAUCCCUUACUGUAUGUAUACCAAUCGCCGUGUCCUUCUUACGUUGGGCAAUGCAACCAGCAAGAUAUUAUCCCCUCAGGCAUCAUGCAGGAGGCCCCCAAUACACAGUAGUUUUCCAGAGCAGGCCCAAUGCACCCAGCAGAGCAGACCCGAUGCAGCCCCCAGGAUAUCUCAGAGUAAGGCUGACUCCCAUUUCGUCACCUCUUCUCGCUCACACCUCUCUUGGGGCACAAGGUACCGUAUCUUCCGAUCUCCCUCACCCCUGGCGACCACGAGCUAUUGACGGAGAGGCGAGGAAGAUUUUCGAACUCAAGCAAGGUAGACUAUUGGUCGCUGCUAGUCAUCGUACGGCGUACGGAGUAGUGGUGCGUGAGAAGCAAUAGUAGACUGCAGCUUCUACCAGCAGCAAUUCCAAGACAUUAAUUGGCACAGUCGACGGCGAUACAGCGAGCACUAGGCAUUCGACACUGGGAGCUUCCCGGCCGGCCACUACAUCCUACCCACUAUGGGGCAAAAGCAAUAAAGCUCACCGUCGUUCUCCUGUUUCAAGAGGCGCUGGCGCAUUCGCUGCCGUCUAUGCCAAUCUUGAAGAGGUGCAAGAUCG